AUGUUGUCAAACGCCACGCAACAGCCACAGCCCGUCCAGCGCCAUGAUACCCUCCAUGGUACCAUCAAUGAAACCUCCCCUUAUCCGUUGAACGGAAACAGCAUUGACCAUGUCCCUUUGAACGGACAUGGCCAUGGCAUCCAACCUUCUUUGAACCGCAACCCUACCAAUCCACGCCCCAUUGCCAUCUGCGGCAUGGCGCUACGUCUCCCAGGAGGCAUCAAAGACCCUGAAGCCUUCUGGGACGUGCUCAUCAACGGCAAAGACCUCCAAGCUCCAAUCCCAUCAACUCGUUGGAACGCAGCCGGCUUUACCAACAAGCUUGGUAACCGCAGUUCCAUCGCCGCCCAGAAGGGUUACUUUCUCUCAGAUGACCUUUCCACUCUCGACACCUCUUUCUUCACCAUGAGUAAGAGGGAACUUGAGAGGUGUGAUCCACAGCAGCGAAAGCUUCUGGAGAUUACUCGUGAAGUUUUGGAGAGUGCCGGGGUCACAGAGUUUCGUGGUAAGCCAAUUGGCUGUUAUGUUGGAACGUUUGGUGAGGAUUGGCUUCAGAUGAGUGGCAAGGAGGACCAACACAUUGGGGGGUACCCCCUGGCCGCCUACGGUGACCUCAUCCUUGCCAACCGCAUCUCCUUUGAGUAUGACCUGAAAGGUCCAAGCAUGGUCAUCAAGACUGGCUGUUCAGCCUCUCUUGUUGGCUUACACGAGGCUUGCCGAGCCAUCCAGAGUGGGGACUGCUCCUCUGCUAUUGUUGCUGGCGCCAACUUGGUCAUGGGCCCCAUUCCCACGUCCGUCAUGGCCGGUGAGGGCAUGCUCUCCCCAGACGGUUCUUGCAAGACUUUUGAUGCCUCGGCCAAUGGGUAUGCUCGUGGUGAGGCCAUCAAUGCCCUCUACAUCAAGCCCCUGGAUGACGCCAUUCGUGACAACAACCCUAUCAGGGCUAUUAUUCGGAACACUGCUACUAACAGUGAUGGAAAGAGUCAGGGCAUCUUGGCCCCCAACGGUGCCUCACAUGAGGCGCUCAUGCGCAAGGUCUACGGUGACAUUGGUCUAGACCCGGGCAAAACUGCAUUUGUCGAGUGUCAUGGGACCGGGACACCAACUGGUGAUCCUAUCGAGGCCACUGCCGUCGGCAAUGUCUUUGGACAGCACGGUGUCUACAUUGGAUCUGUCAAGCCAAACACCGGACACUCUGAAGGAGCGUCAGGUAUCACCAGCAUCAUCAAGGCUGUGCUCGCUCUAGAGAACAACACCAUCCCCCCGAACAUCAAGUUCAACAACCCGAACCCCAAGAUCCCCUUUGAUACCAAGAAGCUCAGGGUUCCCACCGAGCCUGAGUCAUGGCCAGAAGGUCGGGACAAGAGAGUGAGCGUCAACUCUUUUGGCAUCGGUGGCUCCAAUGCCCAUGUCAUUCUCGACGCACCUUCGAACUUGGACAUCCAGCCUCAAAGAUCACCAAGCCCCAAACUCAUCGUCACAUCUGCCAACACGAGUGUGUCUCUAAAGCAGUACCUUUCGACCGCCCAAAACUACCUCGCACAACACCCACAGAACGCCCCCGACAUGGCAUACACGCUACUCCACCAUCGCCAGUCCUUCUCUCAUCGUGCAUUCAUGGUGGUCAAGGCAGACGGCUCGCUGGUCGAGACGUCCUCCCCCGCCAGGGCUCCAAGCUCAGCUCCUGGAGUUGUCAUGGUCUUCAACGGUCAGGGCGCUCAGUGGCCCGAGAUGGGAAAGCAGCUCUUCGAGACAGAUGCCUACUUCAGAGAAGACGUGCUGAAGAUGAACGAUAUCCUCAAGUCUUUGAUACAUCCUCCUAGUUGGAACCUCCAAGAUGAACUCUUUGCCCCUCGAAACCAAAGUCGGGUCCAUCAAGCCGAGCUCUCCCAGCCUCUCUGUACAGCACUGCAGCUUGCACUUGUCCGUCACUUGCAGCGUGCUGGCAUUCGCCCCUCGGGAGUCGUCGGCCACUCCAGUGGAGAGAUCGCGGCAGCAUACGCAGCCGGUGCUAUUUCCCUGGAAGAGGCCAUCAUCACCGCCUACUAUCGAGGCUACGUGACCACUCUUCAGACUCGAGUGGGCGGCAUGGGUGCUGUUGGCCUAGGUGUGCAAGAUGUGUCGAAGUACAUCCAAGAUGGCAUCGUCGUCGCCUGUGAUAACAGUCCUGAGAGUGUCACGCUGUCUGGCGAUGUGGAAGUACUGGACAAGGUGCUCGGCACCAUCAAGGCAGAGAACCCCGAUACUCUGACCAGGAGACUCAAAGUCGAGAUCGCCUACCAUUCAGACCAUAUGAAGCCUUUGGCAACUCAGUACAAAGACCUGAUGGAGCCUGAGCUUGCAAGGCGAGAUCUGAAGCGACCCGCUACCAUCGACAUUCCCUUCUUCUCGUCUGUCACAGGUAAGAUGAUUACUUCUGGUGGCGAUCUGGGCCCGGAUUACUGGAUCUCCAACCUUACUUCGCGGGUUCGCUUCACUUCAGCCGUCAGCAAGGCCCUUCAAGAUCUCUCAAACAGUGUCUUUGUCGAGAUUGGACCUCAUUCUACCCUCUCUGGACCACUUCGCCAAAUCUCGACUGCUGUUGGCGCAGACUAUCGUUACGUCUCUACCCUCAAACGCAGCGGCGACUCUUCUUACAACUUGCUGUCUACCUUUGGCCAGUUGCACCAGAAAGGAGUCCCCUUGGACUGGUCAGCCAUUGUCCCUAAAGGCAGAGUCUUGACCAACCUGCCCAGCUACGCCUGGGAUUACAGCAGCGGGUCAUUUUGGUACGAGACUCGCUUGUCUAGAGAAUCGAGGUUCCGCGAGUUUGGCCACCAUCGUCUCCUAGGUCUUCGCAACCCACACACUUCCACCCUGGAACCGGCUUGGCGCAACAAUUUGACACUUGAAGACGAGCCCUGGUUGGGUGACCACAUGGUCGGGUCUGAUGUUGUCUUUCCGUUCGCUGGUUACAUCACCAUGGCUGGUGAGGCUAUUCGUCAGACGACAGGCAUCUCAGAGGGCUAUCGAGUGCAAGAUGCCACGGCACGAUCUGCAAUGGUGUUGUCCGACCAACCUGUUGAAGUGGUGACGACGCUGAGGCCUGUCAACCUCUCUGACACAUCUGUGUUCAGAUGGUUUACUUUUACCAUCGUCUCUCACAAUGGGUCUUCCUGGACUCUUCACUUUGAGGGCCAGGUCAAGGCAUGCAAUGAAGCCUUGAUUCCUUCACUUACGCCGGCCACCGACGCCCUUGUCCGUCCCGUUGCCUCUACCGGCUGGUACGAUGCGCUGGAACACAUCGGCCUUGUAUACGGCCCCGAGUUCCAAGCACUCGAGGAUAUCGUCACUUCAGCUACAGAGAACCUUGCUGUUGCCAAGGUCACCAACAAGAGUCGGCAGAGCGAUGAAGCCUUCCUCUUUCAUCCAGCCACCAUGGACAACUGUCUUCAGCUGCUUCUUGCAGCUACAACAAGAGGUCUUGGCAGGAACUUUGGCCAGCUUCGUGUACCUACCAGUAUCGAGGACUUGGUUGUCAGACGCAGCUCUACUAGCAUGGACGUCGUGGCCUCAGCUCAAGCCCUUGAUGACCUUUCUGUCGAGGUUGUCACAGAGGGCAAAGUUGCACUUCGUCUCACCGGCUUGCAGCUGACGCCUGUCGAUGACGGACAUGACCAGCAACAAGAGCGCCAUGCAGCUGCGCGUCUUGAGUGGUUGCCGGACUUUGACCUGAUGGAUCACAAGUCUCUCUUCAGUUCGACACGGUCAGACUUGAAGGAAGCGCGGAUGCAUGAGGAGAUGACCCUUCUCUGCAUUCUGGAAACCGCUGAGAAAGUUCGGGAUCUCGAGCCCGGCAGCUGGCACUUUGACAAGUUCCGCAAGUGGCUGGAGAUGGAGAUCGAGCGUGCCAGACAAGGCACAUACCCCAUCGUCGAGCAGAGCAGGGACUUUGCUGAGAUGUCGUCCCCACAACGCCGUGUCAUGAUCGAUCAGUACUAUGAGACCCUGGUUCAGAGUACCACAAGAGCAUUCUUUGCCGUUGGUCUCAAAGCCAUCUACGACAACUGCGAGGGUAUUUUCACUGGCGAGGUCGAUGCUCUCCAAACUCUCAUGAAAGACAACGUUCUAGCCGAGAUCUACAACGCCGUGAGCUUUGGGAAAGGAGACUUCUUGAAGCUUUUGGCACACUCAAGACCAGACCUCCGCAUCCUCGAGGUCGGUGCUGGAACUGGCGGGACAACUGAGAUGAUCUUGCGCAACUUGGCUAGACCGGAUGGUCUCCCAGCGUACAGUGUCUACACUUUCAGCGACAUUUCAGCUGGGUUCUUCCCGCAAGCUCGAGAGCGCUUCUCGUACGCGCCGAACAUGGACUACCGAUCCUUUGACAUCUCGAAGGACCCAUUUGAACAAGGCUUCAAGGCCAACACGUACGACGUCAUUCUUGCCCCGAAUGUCAUCCACGCCACCGAGUCCCUCAACAAGACUUUGUCCAACCUUCAGCCACUUCUACGUACCGGCGGUCUCUUAGUGCUCACUGAGCUCUGUGGUGUGGUGCGCACUCCCAACUAUGUCUUUGGGAACUUCUCAGGAUGGUGGCUGGGUGAGGCUGAUGGGAGAGAGUGGGAGCCCUAUGUCAGUGUUGAGAGAUGGGACCACGAGCUCAAGGCGGCUGGCUUUUCCGGAGUUGACACUGCUAUUCUCGACACCGAAGAGCCUUUCAACUAUGGUGCUGCUGUUGUCAGUACCAAGGUGGACAAUGGCAAGAACCCGAAGGAUCUCGUCGACACCAACAACGUGUCCAUUAUCACGACGGAGCCUGAGAGCGUUCUGGCCAAGAAGUUGGUGGCAGAGCUCAACGAGUCCGGGAUGCCCACCAGCGUGCAUGACUUGUCCGAAGCUGCCAGCCUGUCCCCGGACGCUGAUAUUAUCUCCCUGGUUGACCUCGAGAUCGACUUCUUCCAAAACAUCAGCCAACAGCAAUUCAAGAACUUCCAGGACUUCUUGAACAGUCACAAGACGGGGCGGGUGCUGUGGCUCACCAAACCAGCUCAGUUCUGCUGCCAAGAUCCGCAGUCAUCCCUUUCCAUUGGUCUCGCUCGCUGCAUCCGUGCCGAGUCUCAGAUUCCGUUCCAUACACUCGAGAUCCAGCCCGAUGAACCAUGUUUCGCCGAACUGGUGGUCAAGGUUCUGAACAAGAUUCGGCGGACUGUUGACGAUGAGUUGCUGUCUCCGGAUAGGGAAUAUCUCGUUGACCAGGGAUUUGUCAAGAUCGGCCGGUAUCAGCCACUGCUCGUUAGCCAAGAGCUCAAAGAGACGAGCUCGGUUGCUGCGAUUGACACAGGCGACGAUUUCAAGGAGCUUUUUGCUUCGAAGGGCAAGCUAGCCUGGGCAAACGAAACUCAACCAGACCUGGGAGAGGACGAGGUCAUCAUCGACACACGUGCCGUGGGACUCAGCUCCAGUGCCGACAGUUCAUCGCCCCAAAACGAUGAUGAUAUGCCUCUCCACCUCGAGAUAAUUCAGGUCUCCGGCAUAGUGUCAGCCGUCGGUCAAAAAGUUGGAGGGCUAGCUGUCGGCGACCGUGUCCUUGCUACAGCUACAGACUCCUCCAUCAAGACCAAGAUGGCUUGCGCCAAAUCACUGGUUCGGAAGAUCCCACAGAGUCUGGACUUUGAGGAUGUUGUGGCCAUGGUGAUUCCUUUCAUCACCGCCCUUGAGAGUCUUGCGAAUGUCGGACAACUCCAGAAAGGCCACUCUGUGUUGAUUCAUCCCGCAGCCACUGCCAUCGGCCAAGCCGCCAUCCAGAUUGCCAAGUCCAUCGGCGCCAAGAUUUAUGCGACGGCGGCCAGCGAAGAAGAGGCAGAGAUCCUCGACGAGGCCUACGACAUUGAUGUCCACCACAUUUUUACAUGCCAUGAAGAUUCUCUUGCCGCCGCUCUCAAGCGUGAAACCAGCAACUGCGGCGUUGACCUUGUCCUCCACUCAGUCCCCGGUGUCUCCAGCCAAGCCUUGAGGGACUGCGUUGCCGAUUUUGGCAAAAUUAUUGACCUAGGGGACACUGGCAGCAAUGAUGGAGAACCUCUUACCAUGAGGCGAUUCUUGAAGACCAGAUAUUACAGUUGUGUCAACAUAGCCCAGAUGGCUCGGAUGAGACCUCGGCGGGUGGGAGAACUUGUCAGGAAGAGUAUCCAGCUUUGCGCGGACGGCCUGAUCGAACCCAUAGGCUCUGCCGUGUUCGAAGCAGUCGAUAUUGAGAAAGCCUUGCAGCAACUCAAGGACGAUCACGUUGACAACGUCGUGGUGAGGAUCCCUACAGAUGCCUCGACUCUCCCUACAACACCGCGCUACACCAAGCUCAGAAUGAGGGGCGACGCCUCCUACCUUCUCACAGGCGGUAUGGGAGGUCUUGGAGUGGGCAUCUCAAGAUGGCUUGUUGAGCGUGGGGCAAAGUCUUUGGUCUUCCUCUCUCGCAAUGCGGGCCAAAAGCCCAAAGACGAAGCCUUCAUCAGAGAGCUCGAGUCGUGCGGGUGCUCGGUAGUAACAGUGGCCGGCCAAGCCCAGUCCGUGGAGGACGUGCAGAGAGCCAUCUCGCUCGCACCGCUUCCCAUCAAAGGUGUCAUUCAUCUUGCCAUGGUUCUUCGCGACAAUCCCAUUGCCACCAUGUCGUAUGAGGAUUGGACAACAACAACCGCCCCAAAGAUACAGGGAGCUUGGAACCUGCAUAAGUGCCUCAAGGACCAAGACCUUGACUUCAUGGUGAUGGCGAGCUCCAUCAACACCAUCGUCGAAAGUCCAGGCCAGGGCAACUACUCGGCAGCCAACACGUUCCUCGAGGCAUUCACCCAGUAUCGACGGUCGCUCUCACUACCGGCAUCUGUGUUGAACAUCUGUGCAAUCGAGGAUGUAGGCUAUGUUGCCGAAAAUGCCUUUGCCAAGAAGAACAUCAAGUCUCAAGGCCUGUACAGUCUUCGAGAGAAGGAGCUGCUUGACUUUUUCGAGCUUGCUAUCCGACUUUCACCAGCUUCUACCACUACCACGCCUGACCUACCGUCAAGUCUAGUGGAGGAUACCGUGGUCGAUCAUCACAGCAAAUUGACACAGCAUCAUCCUUGGAGCAGCAAGGGGCAAGUUGUCAUGGGUUUGCGAUCUGAGAGCGAUCUCAACGACACAAACACGCGAACCAACUGGCGACGAGAUCGUCGAAUGGGCUUCUACCACAACUACAACAACACCGAGGCUACAGGCGAAGAUGAGUCUUCCAACAAGCUUGCCGAAUUUCUCUCCAACGCCGCCGACAACCCCAGCAUUCUCGAUGAAGCAGCCACUUCCGCCUUUUUGGCUCAAGAGAUCGGCAACAAGGUGUUCAAUCUCAUCCUCAAGGACGCCGAGAACCUGGACACCAGCUUGACACUGCAGCAGGUUGGACUUGAUUCACUCAUGGCUAUUGAGCUACGUCGCUGGUGGAAGCUUGCUUUUGGCUUGGAGAUCAGUGUGCUGGAGCUUAUGGCUACCGGGACUAUGGAAGCGCUUGGGGCCGUUGCUGCCAAGGGACUGAAGGGGAGAUUGGCUUCAAGUGGUUAG